GCUCCUCAACAACAACUGGUUCGCGGGCUCUCUGCCUCAGACCCUCAUGUCUCUUCCCGCCCUCACUCUGCUGGAUGUGCAUGCGAAUGCGCUGACGGGGUCACUGCCCGCCGUGUCAUCCGUGCUGCAGGCGCUCUUCCUGCACGACAACUUCCUGGCCGGCCCCUUCACCCCCACCGCUGCCCUCACUGCGUGUGACGCCAGUCUCAACUGCUUCACCAGCGCUGCCGCCUGUGGCGCCAGCAGCACCACUCAGAGGGCCGCUGCUGCGUGUGCCAUCUGCGACAGUACGGACGCCCAAGGGCUGCUGUGCUGGGGGGGCGUGUGCCUGCCUAACGUCACUUUCUCCACCGCACACCCUGACGGGCUUGCCCCGCCACCCAUGUACUGCAAUGCGGCGGCACUGGCGGCGCUGAAGAGUGCGGUGGGGGUGACGUUCAGCACGUGGGCGGCCGCCACCUACUGCACCGUGGCGCCCACCGCCAUCAUCGCCGGCACGUGGACCGGCGUGCUCUGCAACUCCGCCGGCAAAGUCGUCACCCUGCAACUCGCCAACAGCAACCUCACGGGCACUCUGCCACUCACUGUCUCCACCCUCACAGCGCUCACUGCCAUCGACCUCACCUCCAACCUCUUCCAGGGUCGCCUGGACGAAGUUGCCACGCAGCUGCGCCUGCUCACCAACCUCAAAGCCAUCGACCUGGCCUACAACUGGCUCUCCGGCUCGGUGCCUGCGUUCAUGCUCACCCUUCCCAGCCUCACGGAGAUCACUCUAGGCUACAACUACCUGACGGGCGCGCUGCCCCCGGUGACAUCCCCGCUCGCAGUGGUGGACGUGCAGUUCAACUUCCUGGGCGGCACCUUCCCCGCGCUCACGCUCUCCCGCUGCGCCGCGCGCAUGAACUGCUUCCUCGACGCCUCCAAGUGCAACUACCCCAACCGCGCCGCCGAGCUCCCGCGCGCCGCUGCUGCCUGCGCCAUCUGCAACACCACCAACGCGCAGGGCCGCCUGUGCAGCGGCGGGCUGUGCACCGUCAACGCCACGGACCUCGUGGCACUCGGUGCGCCCAACAGUGCUGCAUCGCCCACACUGCCGCUCAUCUGCGUGGGAGCGGCGUUUGUGGCGAUGGACUCGGUGCAUGCAGCAGCCAUGCUGAACCUCAAGGCGUCGCUGGGAGUGACCUUCACCGACUGGAAGGCCGACUCGCCCUGCUCCCUGCCUGGUGCCGUCGCCGCCGGGUCGUGGAGUGGGGUCACCUGCGACGCCACUGGCAAAGUGCUCGGCAUAGUCCUCAACUCGCAAAUGCUGGGAGGCAGCAUCCACUCAGACAUCUCCAAGCUCACCACGCUCACAUCACUUGACCUGCAGUCCAACCUGCUGCAGGGGCGGCUGGACUCCUUCACUGCCGGCAUCAAGGCGCCCCUCGUGCUCAAGGAGCUCGCUCUGCAAUUCAACUACCUGUCUGGACAGUUCCCCUCCACGCUUCUCGCCCUCACCACCCUCUCCAAGCUCUCCGUGGCCUACAACUACCUCACGGGUCCCUUCCCAACCGUGCCGGCAUCAGCAAAGUCGCUGGACGUGCAGGGCAACUUCCUGUCGGGUUCCUUCCCCACCAACGCGCUCACCUACUGCGCCGCCACCACCAACUGCCUCACCGACGCCAACAACUGCGCCUCCCUCGGCAUCACCCAGCGCUCCGCCUCCGACUGUGCCAUCUGCGGCACCGCCUUUGGCCAGGGCACGCUGUGCGGGGGUGUGCCGUGCCUGGUCAACACCACGGGGGUCACGGCGCCUCCCACUGCCACGUCUCCCCCUCUCAACCUCUACUGCACGCCUGUUGCACUGGACACCAACACCAGCUCAUCCCACCGGCUCAUCCUCAUCCCACUACUGUGCCCCCUGCCACCACUGCGCCCCCUCUCCUCUCCUGUCCCAUGCUGCAGCCACAAUGCUGCUGGCGCUGAAGACGGUGCUGGGAGUGACGGCCACGGACUGGAGUGCAACGACGGUGGCACUGAAGCCCAAGGCGCUGAAGAGCAGCAGCGUGCCCCUCGCCACCAUGGUGGGCGCCUGCACCGUCGAGGGGCAGGUGCCUGCUCCCGGCUCGUGGACUGGUGUCUACUGCAACUCCGCUGGCGCCAUCGUCGCCCUGUGAGUGGGUCAUGGCGUGGUGCUGUGAAGCACCAGCAGUCACCACUCCGCUUCUCACAUCGCUGCCCUCACCUCACUCCAUUCCCGUCCGCCCUGCCCACUGGCAGCUCGCUGCAGUACAACUGGUUCUCCAGCUCCAUCCCCUCCGCCCUGCUCGCCCUGCCAGCCCUCUCCACCGUCAAGCUGAACCGCAACUACCUGACGGGGGUGGUGCCCACCGUGGGGGCAGCGGUGAAGGCGCUGAACGUGGCAGACAACUUCCUCUCGGGCUCCUUCCCCACUGCGGCCCUCACGGCGUGCGAUGCGCGCUCCAACUGCUUCGUGGACGCCUCCAAGUGCACCAACACCAACGGCACCGCGCAGCGCGCCGCUGCCGACUGCAACGUCUGCGGCUCCACCGGGGCUGCCGGCACGCUGUGCGGCGGCGGCUUCUGCACUCCCAACGCCACAGUGCCGGCCGGCACGGGCACGCCCAACACGGAGGGGCAGGCGGUGCUGCCGCUGUUCUGCCAGGGCGGCCCCAUCGAGGUCAACAUGCGCGGCGCCAUGCUCAACCUCAAGGCAUCGCUGGGGGUCACUCUCACUGACUGGCUCGCCACCUCGCCGUGCAACAUCGCAGGGCAGAACACGGUGCCGGGCGCGUGGUCCAACGUGGUCUGUGACACCGCCGGCAAGGCUGAGCUGCAGAGUGACUCGAGCCCUGUUGGACACAGUUGCAGCGACCUCACGAGUCAGCUGCUGAAGGGGACCAUGCAUGCUGACAUCACCAAGCUCACCACUCUCACCUCGCUCAUCCUGGACAGCAACCUGCUGCAGGGCCGCCUGGCCUUCUUCACGUCGGCCUUCAAGGGGCUCUCAGCGCUCAAGCAAUUCAAGGCACGCUUCAACUUCUUCGCGGGACUGCUGCCUUCUGCACUGCUCACACUCCCCACACUCACCAACCUCGACAUGAGCUACAACUACCUCACAGGCACCGUCCCCGCCACUGUAGGCACGGCGCUCAAGUCACUCAACAUCGGAGGCAACUUCCUGUCAGGCAGCAUCGGCACGCUCACCGGCGUGACGUGCUCGGCAGCACUCAACUGCCUCACCUCCCAGGGCGGCUGCACCUCCGGCGGCGUUCUCAACCGCGCCGGCUGUGGCAUCUGCGGCAGCCCUGACGGCCAGGGCACUCUGUGCGGCGGUGGGCUGUGCGUGCCGAAUGCUACGGAGGCUGUGGCGGGUAACAGCGUCCCCACGCUGUCCACGCCCAUCAUGAGCAUGUACUGCACGGGGGUCAUCAUUGACGCUGCCUCAGUCACCUCACCAAUGUCAUCAUCGACGCCUCCUCAGUUGAUGCAUUCUCCUGCCCUCUCACCCGUCUCCACGCCACCGUUAUGCACCCUUGCUAUGCGCCGUGCAUUGUGUGUGCUCCUCACCAGUGAUCAUCCCUUCCUAUCCAUGCCUCCUCCCUCCCUGUGUCUUGCUCUCCUCUUAAACCUCCCUCACACUCACAUCUGUCCCCUUGUCGGGCUCCCUGACUGGACCGCCCCCUACGCUGCACCAGUCACAGCGCUGGGCAACAUAAAGACGGCGCUGGGAGUGACCUUCACGGACUGGGUGGCGCCCACGGCACUGCUCAAGCCCAAGGCAGCGGGCAGCACGGGCAGUGGCAGUGUGGCGCUGACGGACUGGCUCACCACGGGCGGCUACUGCACGGUGGAGGGACAGACCCCCGUCGCUGGCGCCUGCGUGCUCUGCAGCUCCCUCUGCCAUGCUUUUGAGUCGACUCAAAAGCGUGCUCUGCAGCUCCCUCGGCCAGCCCGUCAGCCUGUCAGCACCCUCUCACCCUCUGCCCCCUGCUGCGCUCUCGUUUUUCCUUCUGCAGCUGCUGCUCGGGCUGUUGCAGUGCCUGUCUUGCUGUUCAAGCCACUACCAAUGCACGUAACCAUGGCAGCAUGUAACUCGCCUCCCCGCCAUGCCCCUCCCUCCUCCCCACCCCAUGCUGGCAGGAAGCUGGACAAUCAGAAGCUCACCGGCUCACUCCAUGCUGACAUCAGCAAGCUCUCCACGCUCACCAUGCUGGAUGUGAGUUUCAACUUCUUCCGAAAUAACAUCGACACCUGGGCCUCGUCCCUCAAGCUCUCCACCAAUCUGCUCUCUCUCCGCCUCAACAACAACUAUCUCUUCGGCUCUGUGCCCCUCUGGCUCGUCUCCUUCGCCAAGCUCACCAACCUCGAGCUGAGCAUGAACGCGCUCACGGGCACGUUCCCAGCACCCAUCUCCACCGCACUCAAGCGCCUCAUGGUGGACCAGAACUUCCUGGGCGGCACCUUCCCAGCCAACAGCGCCACCUACUGCACGGCCUACUACAACUGCAUCACCUCCUACACCACCUGCCCCGCCGUCUACCCCAACCUGCCUCAGCCCAGCUACGGCUGCCAGUUCUGUGGCACCACCAACGCGCUGGGCACGGCGUGCAUGGGCAACCCGUGUGUGCCGGUGACGCCGUCGCCCAUCACGGCGGUCAACAAGUGGAACCCCGUCCCUGUCAUGCGCUGCGAUCCUGUCCCCAUCCAAGCCACUCAAGCGGCGGCGCUGCAGGCGAUGGUACCGGGGCUGUGGACGCAGCCGACGUGCACCAUAGCCGGGCAGGCCUACAUUGCUGGCACGCUGCCCCGGGUCUUCUGCAAUCCCGCUGGCUUGGUCCUGGACAUUGUUCUCAACGGUGUCAAAGCGUCAGGCUUCUUCCCUCCCGACUCCUCAAAGCUCUCUGCGCUCACCAGGCUUGACUUCUCGGUGAACUUCUUCACCAACCGCAUCGACACCUUCCUUGCGCCCUUCCUUCCCAUCAAGACCCUCAAUACCCUUCGCCUCCACCAGAACUACUUAUCAGGCUCCUUCCCAGCCAGCAUCUCCGCCCUCACUGCCCUCACAGAACUGCGCCUGAACCUGAACUACCUGACGGGCAGCAUGCCGGCAGCGCUGCCAGCAAGCCUCAAGGUGAUCGACCUGUCGAGCAACUACCUGGUGGGCACCUUCCCCACCACCACCGCCACCUCCGUCGCCUGCGCCAGCAACUGCCUGCAGGACGCCUCCAAGUGCCCCGCCGGCUCUGCUCAGCGCGCUGCAGGCGGCUGCGCCAUCUGCGAGACGACCGACGCCACGGGCAGGAUGUGUGGCGGCGGCGUCUGCACGCCCAACGCCACGGACCUUAUCACAGCGCAGACGGUCAACCCCGACACGGCGCCGCUCUACUGCCUCGGGGCGUCCAUGGACCCUGCUAUGGCGGCGGCGCUGCUGAACAUGAGGGCAUCGCUGGGGGUGACGUUCACGGACUGGGCGCUGGACUCGCCGUGCACCAUCCAGGGGCUGCCGCCGCUGCCAGGCGCCUGGUCCAACGUCAUCUGCAACGUCUCCGGCAAAGUCAUGUCUAUCAAUCUGGCGCAGCAGAAGCUCCAAGGGACCAUGCAUGCGGACAUCUCCAAGCUCACCGCUCUCACUUACAUUAAUCUGCGCUCCAACCUGCUGGAGGGCCGUCUGGACGUCUUCACGACCAACUUCAAGGCGCUCACGGCGCUCAAGGAAGCCUACUUUGACUUCAACUGGUUCACAGGGCCCAUCCCGUCCACCCUAGUCACCAUCGCGACCCUCUCCACCUUUGGUGCGAGCUACAACUACCUGUACGGUUCCAUUCCCGCUCCUGGCGCGGCACUCAAGGCCAUAGCGCUGGACGGCAACUGGCUGUCGGGCACCUUCCCUGGAACCGGCUUCUCCUCCUGCUCCGCCACCAGCAACUGCCUCGCCAGCAUCGGCGCCUGCACCACGCUCGGCACCGUGCAGCGCGCCGCCGCCGCCUGCGCCGUCUGCGACACCGCAGACGGCUCAGGCACCGUGUGCGGCGGCGGCACGUGUGCACCCGACACAGCUGCGCCUCUCAGCACCAGCACCCCCAACAGCGCGACGGCGGCGGUGCUGCCGCGGUUCUGCGUCGGCGUGCCACUGGACGCCACGCAGGGCAACAUCCUGCUGGCGCUCAAGACCACGCUGGGCGCCACCUUCUCUGAUUGGACCGCCUCCACACUCGCCGCCCCCAAGGCCACCUCCACCAAGCCCAAGAAGGGGCCCAAGCGCCGGUCCCUGCAAGGGAGGGGGUCAGGGCUGCUGUACGACUGGAAGGCGGUGGGGUCGUGCACCAUCCAGGGCCAGACGCCCAUUGCUGGCUCUUGGACCGGCGUGCGCUGCUCUCCGCUCGGCCAAGUCGUCAGCCUGCGGCUGUCGUCCAACCUCUUCUUCAGCCGCCUUGACUCCUACAUCGUGCCCAUCACGCCCACCGCCAGCCUCAAGGAGCUCCACAUCAACUUCAACUGGUUCUAUGGCACCGUCCCCACCACGCUCGUCAACAUGCCAGCCCUCUCCAUUCUUGUGGUGAGCUACAACUACCUCACAGGCACACUGCCCAAGCCAGGGGCAUCACUCAAGGCGCUCGACACAGAGUUCAACUUCCUCUCAGGCUCCUUCCCCGUCGCCUCUCUCGCCUACUGCACAGCCCGCAGCAACUGCUUCGUCAACGCCACCGCGUGCCUGAACCUUGACGGGACCGUGCAGAGGGGCGCGGGCUGCAACGUGUGUGGGUCCAGCAACGGGCAGCUGCCACUGUGUGGCGGGGCGGUGUGCACGCCCGACCCCUCGGCGUAUGUGACGUCCAAAGUACCCAACAGCGCCUCCGCUCCCACCCUCGCCCUCAAGUGCCCUUCCUUGCCCCUCGAUGCCACGAGCUGGGCGGCGCUGGUGAACAUAGGGGCGGCGCUGGUGAACAUAGGGGCGGCGCUGGUGAACAUAGGGGCGGCGCUGGUGAACAUAGGGGCGGCGCUGGUGAACAUAGGGGCGGCGCUGGGAGGGACGCACAGAUUCUCACCAAUGUCUUGCUUCCUUUCUUCUGUGCGUGCUGCCCCCCCUCACUCCUCUGCCUUCGCCCUGCAUCUGGGCUACAAUCUGCUGUACGGCCGUCUAUCCACCUUCAUCUCCAACAUCACGCCGCUCACCGCCAUUGUCACCCUCAACCUCAACUUCAACUACCUCUACGACAGCGUGCCCUCCACUCUCUUCAACAUGGCAUCACUCACAGAAAUCCGGCUGAGCGCCAACUACCUGACGGGCACGCUGCCAGCCGUGCCCACCAAGCUCAAGUACCUGGCCGUCAACCACAACUUCCUCGCUGGCGCCUUCCCCAACCAGGCCUUCCAGUUCUGCGACAUCCGCAGCAACUGCUUCUCAAACCUCGGCUCCUGCUACAACGCCUACGGCGUUGCUCAGCGCACCUCAGGCUGCAACAUCUGCGCCACCACCAACGCCGCUCCGCCUCUCUGCAGCGGAGCUCCGUGCGUUCUCAAUGCCACAAAUGUUCUGGCGGCUGGCACGGUGAACAGCCUCACGGCGGUCGUGCAGCCGUUCUAUUGUGGACCUGCUAUCAUCGAUGCCACUGCUGCGCAAGCGCUGCUGGUGCUGAGGGUGGCGCUGGGAGUGACGCAGACGAGCUGGCUGGUGGACUCGCCGUGCGACAUCGCGGGUAACCCGCCCAUGCCGGGCAGCUGGGCGGGCGUUGGCUGUGACACCACCGGCAAAGUCCUCACCCUGGAGCUACCCAACAUGGGACUGCGAGGAGAUCUGCCUGCUGACGUGUCCAAGCUCACUGCCCUCACCCGCAUCAACAUGGCGUCCAACCUGCUGGAGGCACGCCUGGGCGAGUGGGCCACGGUGCUGACCACUCUCAAGGCACUCAAGCACCUCGCUCUCAACUACAACUGGUUCGCCGGCCCUCUGCCAUCCUACCUGCUCACGCUCUCAACCCUCACAACGCUCGCUGCUCACACGCGCCGCUCGCCACUUUCCGUCUCCUCCAUUGAACUCAAUCACCCUUCCCCCCGUCCCACCUCAACUCGCAUGACAACAACCUCACAGGCAACACCACGGAUGCCAGUGCCACCAAUGACAUGCCACUCAUCAUCCUCUCCUCUCUCACCCACCCUCCACCACCCUUCCCCCUGCUCUCCCACCUACAGCAACCUACAGUUCAACUACCUCACCGGCACCAUCACAGGCGUCCCAGCAGCGGCCCUCAAGACCAUAAACGUGGCGUCCAACUUCCUGGCGGGCUCCUUCCCGGCGUCCUCCACCACCAUGUGUGACGCGCGCAACAACUGCCUGCUCGACGCCUCCAAGUGUGUCUCCUCGGGCUCCUCCGUGCAGCGUGCUGCUGCCGCUUGCGCCAUCUGCGGCUACGCCAACGCCUCCACGCUGCUGUGCGGUGGGGGAGUGUGCGCGCCGAAUACUACCCUGGUGCUGCCGACAAAGACGCCCAACACCUGCUCUGCUGCCUGUGAGUCCCUCUGCCUCCUCCCUCUGCCUCCUCCUUUUGCCUCCUCCCUCUGCUUGCUCUGCUGCUCACAAACCCUCCUCUCUCUCCCAUGUGCCAUGCACUCUGCCACCUCUGCGUUCCGCUCCCGCUCACCCACUCUCCCUCUCGGCCUCUUCACCCCCCUGGAUCCCCCUGCGCGCUUCCUUGCGCCCCCACUCCCCGCAGUGCCAAUCCUGACAAACCUGAAAACAGCGCUGGGAGUGCCGCACCAAGGGUGGGGCGUGCAGACGCUGUGCACGGUGACAGGCAUCUACAGGGGCCCGCAGGACAUGUCGGCGGUCAACUGCAACAUCCAGGGCGGCGUGGUCGACAUCUUCCUCAAGCAGCGCUUCCUGCGUGGCACCAUGCACCCCGACAUCUCCAAGUUCACCGCCCUCACCGCCCUGGACAUGUCGAGCAACUUCCUGUCGGGCCGGCUGGACCCCUUCAUCGCGCCGCUCACCGGCCUCACCGCGCUGAAAUACCUGGUGAUGAGUUACAACUUCUUCUCGGGCUCCCUCCCCUCCACCAUCUCCUCCAUCAAGGGCCUAUACAUGCUGAGCGUGGGGUGGAACUACCUGACAGGGUCGGUGCCGGUGCUGGGAACAUCAACCCUGCAGGUGCUGGAUCUGGAGAACAAUUGGUUCACCGGCAAAUUCCCAACCACUGCCAACUGGUACUUCUGCACGGCGCGGGCCAACUGCUUCAUCGACCCCACGCCGUGCAAGAACAACAACAACCAGGGCAUCACGCAGCGGCCGUCCUGUGCCAUUUGUAACAGCGCGGAUGGAACGGGCACGCUGUGCGGUGGGAUUGUGGCCUGCCAGCCGGACCCGGCAGCUGUGAAGGCUGCAACUUCCUUCCCAACGACCAGCACUCCUGUGCUGCCGCUCACAUGCCCGCCUGUUCCACCCGUCACCACCGACGCCACUGCAGCAUCGGCACUGAUGAACAUCAAGACGGCGCUGGGAGUGACGUACACCAAUUGGGCAGCCUCCUCCACCUGCACUGCUGUUGGCAGCGCGGGCGGUGGUGGCUUCACUGGCGUUGAGUGUGACUCCCUCGGCAACCCCGUCAAGAUCACCCUGGACAAUCAGAAGCUGUUUGGCAUUCUGCAUGCUGACAUCACCAAGCUCACGGCACUCACAUUCAUUUCGCUCAAGUCGAACCUCUUCAGGGCACGUCUGGAUGAGUUCUCCAGCAGGAUUCCUGCGCUGCCCAACCUCGCAGUGCUCCUACUGGACUUCAACUGGUUCUUUGGCAGUCUGCCCCCUGCAGUCAUCGGCAUGCCCAAGCUCACACGCCUUGGCCUGUCCUACAACUACCUCACAUACCGUGUGCCGCCGGUGUCAGCAGCAAUCAAAGACCUCGACGUGGGCUUUAACUUCCUCUCAGGCUCCUUCCCGGCCAACACUGCCACGUCAUGCGGCGCCAACAGCAACUGCUUCCAGAGCGCCGCCACGUGCGCCACCAAGGGCACGGCGCAGCGCACGUCCGGGUGCAAUUUCUGCCAGGCCAGCACGGGGCAGGGCAUGCUGUGCUACGGCCGCGGCGUCUGCACCGUCAACGCCUCCGCGCCCUUUGCUGCCGGCACGCCCAAUGCUGUCGGCGCUCCCACGCUGCCCUUUACUUGCGUCACACUUCCUUUCCUUCUGUUGCAACGCACUGUCUCCUCCCUCUCACUGUCUCCUUGUGCCCUGCCCACCUGCCCACCUGUGCCUGUGUGUGGGCGUGCAGACAUUGUGUGUGGCACCGACUAA